ACUCCACUUCCGCGUGUCACCUUACAUCCGUCCUAAUCCCCGCUCCCUGUGCUCCACGAAAGCAUCCCGGUCUCUAGGUGGGAAGGAGCAGAGAGGAGACAUCAGAUGUGAGGAACCAGACUCGUUAUUACAUCACACAUUCUAUAUUCUCACUGAUUAACGGAAAAUAGACAUGGACAGGAGUCACAGGACUGAAAGGAUAAUAAAUAUCACCCUGGAGAUCAUCUACCUGCUGACUGGGGAGGAUUACACAAUAGUGAGGACGACAUCUGGUGAGUUUGAGACACCCAGCAGCUGUUCUCGUGUGUCAGAAGGACUGAGCAGGACCCAGAGCCCCAUCCCAGUGCCUCCACCUCACUCACUGACACAUGAGAGACACAGUGACCAGAAGAUCCUGAAACUCACCCACAAGAUCAUUCAGCUGCUGACUGGAGAGGAGAUGGAGUAUAUAGAGGAACACAGGGGUCUGUACAAGGACGUGAUGAUGGAGAAUUACCGACCCCUCACAUCACUGGAUGGGCCCAGUAACAGAGAUACCACAGAGAGAUGUCCCCGUCCUCUGUAUUCCCAGGAUUGUACAGAGGAGAAUCACAGGAUCCCACAGGAGGAUCAGGGAGCAGAUCUGACCGAUAUUAAGGUAGAAGAUACAGGGGAAGAAGAGACGUAUGUGAGGGGUGAUCAGCAGUGUAAGGAGGAGGAGAUCCCUACAGAUAUCAGCGCAGACUACGCAUGGUGGCAUCUGAGCAUUGAGACAUCUAGAGAAGCGGCAUCCUGGCUGGAGCACAGGUGGCAAGCUUGGGCGAAUGCACCAGAAUGACUGGAGUUAGGAGACGGAUGUAAGAGCCGGAGUGCCUCAGAGGAGUUUCUCAUUUUAUUUCCAGAUGGUGAAAUAGAGGAUAAAAACAUCACCCA